CCAUUUCCUUAGAAUCACGAAGGAUCGUUCACGCAAAGAUCGCUGAAAUUUCCUUUCCCCCCAUUUUCGCUGACUUAGGGUUCUUAGAGAGACUUGGAUCGGAACUUUCUGUGUCUGAAUCCGAAGCCAAACAUGUCAAGGCAGGUCGCGAGGCUUCUCGGAUCUCUGUCGUCCAAGGUCCGACGCUCAGGGAACCAGGAGGUGUUCCCAUCGUGCCGUUCGUUGACUCAGUCCCGAUCCUUCACUGCGGCGCCGCCGCCUCCUCCGGCGGUUUUCGUCGACAAAAACACCCGCGUCAUCUGUCAGGGUAUCACUGGGAAGAACGGAACCUUCCACACCGAACAAGCCAUUGAGUACGGCACCAAAAUGGUUGCCGGAGUGACUCCAAAGAAGGGUGGGACGGAACACUUGGGUCUCCCUGUUUUUAACUCGGUUGCUGAAGCUAAGGCCGAGACAAAGGCUAAUGCUUCAGUGAUUUAUGUUCCUGCGCCUUUUGCUGCUGCUGCUAUCAUGGAGGCUGUGGAAGCUGAAUUAGAUCUUGUUGUGUGCAUUACUGAAGGAAUUCCUCAACAUGACAUGGUUCGUGUAAAGGCUGCUCUUGCCAAGCAAUCAAAAACUAGGUUGAUUGGUCCCAACUGCCCUGGGAUUAUCAAGCCUGGUGAAUGCAAGAUUGGGAUUAUGCCGGGAUACAUUCACAAACCCGGGAGGAUUGGGAUUGUUUCGCGAUCCGGAACCUUGACAUAUGAAGCUGUUUUCCAAACAACAGCAGUGGGUCUGGGCCAAUCUACUUGUGUGGGAAUUGGUGGAGAUCCAUUUAACGGGACAAAUUUUGUCAACUGCUUGGAGAAAUUCUUUGUGGAUCCACAAACAGAAGGUAUCAUUCUUAUUGGAGAAAUAGGGGGUACUGCAGAAGAAGAAGCUGCUGCAUUGAUAAAGGAAAGUGGAACUGAGAAGCCUGUAGUUGCUUUUAUUGCUGGACUUACUGCACCACCAGGGCGCCGAAUGGGUCAUGCUGGAGCCAUUGUAUCCGGCGGUAAGGGCACAGCUCAAGACAAGAUAAAGAGCCUGAAAGAUGCCGGAGUCACGGUGGUUGAAUCUCCGGCCAAGAUCGGAUCAGCAAUGCACGACAUCUUCCAAGAACGAGGCCUUCUCGAGUCCAGUGAGAAUCCCAGAGAUUGAUUCAUUAGCUCGGAUUUGACAGAGUCCCAACAUUUUGCCAAAGGAGAAACUCUCCAUCUUUUGCCGUGGCUUUGCAAAUGCUCUGUCUGUUUUGUUUGAAGUGAUUGAACAAAAAAAAAACAUAACAGCACGGGAGAGAAUUCUUUUUCUGCUUCCUCA